UAACAGUUGCGGCCCGUGCGUGUGUGUGUGUGUGUGUUGGGGGGGGGGGGCGUUAAUCUCAGCGGCGCCACCUUAAAAAAACAGUCUCGCGGACCUGUCAAUCUAGACGAACCAGACAGACCCUGGCUGGCGGGCCAGCUGUGAGAGCCGCCUUCUGAUUGGCCGAGAGCUGUUUCCACCGUGAGACCUUGCCUCCUAUUGGCUAGAGCCCGUCGAGACACCGACGCGCACGAUGUCUCCCCUCUAUUGUUAUUGUGGCGUGCGUGAGACGAACGGACAGGAUGCACGAGGAGACAGUGAGGCUGAUAAAACGAUAAAAGCGAGAAACGGAGAGUUAAAUGGACGUUAGUUUGCUGUUUUAGGGGGUUUGAAGCUCAUGUAAGCGCGGAGGUCUGAUAUUCGGCGGUAAAUAACUCCAACAUCAGCUCUCCUCUGAACAUUAAACGGUACGGAUCUGUCUACAACACUUGAGACGAUCUUUCUGUCCAAGUUCCCCUCUCCUCUCCGGCUGAUGUGUAAGUACCGACCGUUUUCCUGCACCGUGUGAUUUUAGCUCCACAGACCGAGGAAACAACGACAGUAAACCGAGGAAAUACACAAACCCUCCUCUGCUGUCUCUGUGUUUCUCUUCUGUAGCCCCGUAUUUAACCAAUUACACACAUUUUCCUCUCCUUUACCUCUCUACACCCCCCUUUUUAUCAACUUAAACCAGACAGAAAUGUAAAUAAAUGACACGUAAAUGGUCUGAGGUGGUCCUUGAACAUAUUGAGACAGCAGACUUGGUGACGCAUGUUAACCUAAUGUGAUGUCAGUGAAGUGAAGGUAUGGGUUGUUUAAGGUAACGGUCCAUUUUAUCUCCCAUUUCUCCCGAUAAAUCACAUGAACUGCAGUUUAGAUGGAAAUAAGCUGUCUUCAGGGAUGUAUCUAACUGUAGGCAUUCAGGCCUGAAGGUAUGAAAAUCAUAAUGAAGGUGUGUUUAUAUAGAGACAUGGAUGAAGGUGUGGUGAGUCUGUGGUGUGUGUUGGUGAUGUAUGUAGCAACAGUUACAUGUAUGUGCCUUAAUGCAGUAUGUACGGUGGCCCUGAAGGUCAGCAGCACCAACAUGUGUGAUGCAAAAACAUCCAACUAAAUACAUGUGUGUGAAAUCAAACCUAAAGAAAUCAUCAGGAAAAUUCAAAUCAAGGCGGACACUGCAGAAAAGAAACACUUAGUGCAAAAAGUCAUUAAAAAUUUACAGAACCUUAGUAAUUUCAUAGAUGAAAAUUUCACUGAACAGGAAGAGUACCACAAAACACUUAGUAUAUUUCAUAAAAAGAAGAAAAAUUUCACAAAAUACUAAAAUAUUCAAUGAAAAACAACGUGUCACUUAGAAAAAAAUUACAUGAUAUGAAAUAACAUACUUUCAUUAGUGCAGAAACAUUUUACGGAUAAAUCAAAAGUAUUUCAUCAAACCAGAUUUUUUUUCAGAUGAAAUAUUCUGAUGAGUUAUUUAAGAUGUAACUGCUCUUUUUAAGAUCUUUUGUUACUGUCAUGUUUCAGUUUCUUGGAGUAUUCUUAGUUUUUCCAAAUUCCACAUUACAAAAUGCUUAAGUUUUGGGAAAAUGUUUUGUAUUGCAUUAUGUUUGUGUGUGUGUGAGUGUGUGUGUGUGUGUAUGUGUGUGUGUGUGUGUGUGUGUGUGUGUGUGUGUAAAAAUGCAUUUUAAAUAUGUAUUUUGUAUAAAUUAUUUUAUAUGAAAUAAUUGUGUAUAUCAUCAAACACUUUUGCAUUAUGUGAAAUAAUUUUUUGGCAUUUUAUUAAACAUUUUUGUGUUCUUGAAACAAAGUGAACUGUUUUUGGCAUUGAUGCAUAUAUUGUCUUUUUAGUGAAAUGUUUUAGGUGCUGAUUGAAAUUUGUUUACUUAGGUUUUUAAAUAUUUGUGCAGUUGACCCUCAGGGCCACCGUAUAUGCUGUUACAGAUCCAAUAAAAAGGUACAGACAGUCUGACUCCAUCUUUAGCAAGAAUCACAAGUUCUGUGCAAAACGAUGAGUUGUAAAUUUCUGUCCUCAAAUGACCCAGAGACAGUAUUAAUGUUAUGUUUAAGAGUUAAACAUGUGUGGGGUAAUAAAACAUUUAUCUGUGCAGAACUAUGUGGGACAUGCAUCUAUUUCCAUGCACAUUGAGUAUUUUUAAUUUAAGUAUGCCAUGAUUCUUAUUUUAAAGUUAUCUUGUUGCAUUUUCUGACCUUAUUCUGUGUGAUUUAAGAGCCAGAAUCAGUAUUUUGAAGUAUAUUUUAAAAACACCAACCCUGAAGCAGUAAUUCAGCACAGCAAGGGCAGAAACCAUGAAUACGAAAAGUGUUUUUAGUGAGUCUCUCACUGUAGAUGAAACCAAGGACAGCAUCAGGGUGUAAAAAUCAGCUGAUUUGGGUUUUUUUUCUUACCUUGUACAGGAGAAUUUUCUUAAUUUUACCUUCCUUUAGAUUUGAACCAUAAACUGCGUUCCCCUAACUCCCAGUCUUUGCUCUGCUUUCAGGGACUGAUUCGGAACUGGGCCAUCAUGAUGCCAGUGAACUUUCUGGUCACUCAUUGGCUGACCAACUUAACACCAGGUGAGCAACGCAAGGUAAACAUGUGUUACAGAAACAGAGACCGUGUCUGCUCAUUUAUCCACAGAGAUGAUUUUUCUAUGGAUCAAAAUUUAUUCAUCAGAAUCAUCUCUUUAUUUCCAAAUCUAAAGCACGACAAUAUAAAAGCAGACAGAGAAUUCAUGGAGCAGAGAGAUUUUUGUUUGGAUUACAAACAGCUCACUGUGUGUCCUCUGAUCUCAGACAUGGACUGAGAAACCUGCACUAGAGUCUGAAAGUCUGGGUCUGAAAAAUGAUAACGGUUUAAAAUGUUAACUACCUUUUGUUGCCAUGUGGAUGGGUGGAUGGAUUGUGGUCGUAGACCAACAGAUUGGUGGACAUUUUGUGAGCGUACUCACUGUAUGUCAUGUUUUUUUUUCUCGGCUUCUGUCCAGCUGUAAUUGAUUUAAAGAUGUCUUAUAUUGAAUCUAGUGAAUGAAAAAGGCUUUCUUGUCUUCUUUCGCUUAAAAAUUAAGGUUUUCACUUUUUAAUCUGACAGAUUUAAAGCAAAAUAAUCUCAGAACUGAAACUGAAAACUGGACUUUUAAUUUGAAAUGUGCCCUGAGUGAGAUAGCUCGUAUUUUUGGUUGCCCUCGUCCUUAAACUAAAUACAGAUGAUACUCUGUUGGACACUGUCUUAAAAUGAAGUUGUCUGGUUGCAUGUUCAGUUUGUUUUUCCCGCACAGAAGCACCACAGAUGAACUAUAAAUGUCACUCCCCUUAUGUAUCAUCCAGUUCACUGAGUAACAACAUCAUCUCAGCAUUUGUUGGUCUCAGUUUGGUUUUCUGUUGUUGUUGUCUUAUAGAAACUGCAUCCUUGAGAAAAGGUCAGCAGAGCCAAAACAGCCCCCUCAAACCUCCACGUAGAAUAAAUCAGAACUGUUCUCCGCUGCUUUACUGUCUGUUUAUGAGGCUCAGCUGCAGAUGUAACUCACUAUUCCACCAAUCUACAUACUGUUUAAAAGAAUAUGUAAACUUACGUCUGUAUCUAAUAAAAUCUUUUUAGUGUUUGUUCUCCUAGCUUAUAAAUUUAUGUAGCUGAAAGCAUAAAGAUACUCAUCUGCUUCAUUGUAUUAAGGCUUAUUCCCAGAUAAACCAGUCAUUGAUUGAGUCCUCAGCGUGUCUCAACCAUCAAGUCUGAAAAUCUUGGACAGUCAGAUGUCACCACUGUUACGGACUCACUCCCUGCCUCUCUGCUCGUACACAGAGACUACAGAGCAAAAAGUGAAUUUAAAGGUUCAUUCUGUCAAACAUCUUUCACUCAGACACCUGAUCAUCUAAACUUACUGCUAACUUCUCCACCUUUAAGAGAGCAACUGGAUCCUGCCUUGUUCACCAACAAACGCAAAAUCAUGCUUGAUUUUAUGUUUUGUUCUUCCCUGUACCCAGCUCACCUUUUUAAAUUGACUGUUUUUAUCUUUUAUUCUCAUUAAAGGAAGACGGCUGUCGCAGAUUCAUAUCCCCCAUAAACACCAUGAUACUUCCAACCUGAAGUGUUUACCAAUAUUAUACCUGUCCCUGACAAAUGAACCAAAAUAAUAAUCAAUAUAUUUAUUACAGUUGUAGCUAAUUAAAGAGACUUCUGUCUUUUAUCAAAUUAUUUUUUAACUUAUUUAAAAAAGUUACAUUUUUAAAAAUAAUUUGACACUAAUUAAUAAUUAUGUUUUUGCAUUUCUUUGAAUGUUUCUUUGUUUUAUCAAAUAUUCUUUGUUUGUGGGAAACUUUAAUGUUUACAAAGUAUCUGACUUUUAAUAUUUAUCAAAUAUUUUUGUUUGAAAUGUAAAUUUCAUGUAAAUUUUGGUGUUUUGUAAAAUGUAAAAAAAAAAAUUGUCACAGGUGAGAAUUCAUUUGUAGAUAUAAGUUUAUCCCCCUCACUAGAUGGAAACAUUCCCUCGUUCAGGAUAUUACUGUUAAACAGCCUCUUGGUUGACCUUUUACAUCACGGACCAGAACAAUUGACAGACACAUUAGGAGGAGGCAGACUGGUUUCAUUCAAACAAUGGAAAAUUUAUAUCUCUAUAUGUCAGAGAAUAUCAGUCUCAGACUCCAUGAGUUAGUCCACAUCUGAUGUCGGGCCGUUUUAGUUGGACUAACGUAUUUCAAAAGAAGCUCCAGUCGGACUGACAUGAUAAAAAGAUUUUCUGAUCAUCAUAUAAACGCACUAAAAGAUCUGAUCUGAGUAAAUAGAUGCAGGAUAACUGAGUUCAAACAUACUUCUUUACCUAAUGCCCACACAGAUGAUUUCCACUUAAAUGUGCAGGAUGUGGAAUAAAUUAACUGAGAGAUGAAUUUCAGCAGAACAUGUGAUUUACCUCCACAUUAGAUGUUUCAGUCCAGAAGGACGUGUCCACAGUGGAAAGUAUUUGUUCAUCCAUCCUCUGGUUUCCUGUUUGUGCAGCAUUAUGUCGGUGAAUCCUCCCAGCAGCAACGACGCCUGCCUCAGCAUCGUCCACAGCCUCAUGUGUCACCGGCAGGGUGGGGAAAACGAGGGCUUCGCCAAGCGGGCGAUCGAGAGCCUGGUGAAGAAGCUGAAGGAGAAGAAGGACGAGCUGGACUCGCUCAUCACUGCCAUCACAACCAAUGGCGUCCAUCCUAGCAAGUGUGUGACCAUUCAGAGGACGCUGGACGGACGGCUGCAGGUUGGUAUACCUCCAACAGUUAGCUCUAAUCUUGUCACAUGAUUUUUCUAAAAACCGACCAAACACUAAAUGUUUGUCUUUUUACCGUUAUUUUUAAGAGCUUUAAUGGUCUGUUUUUGUCUGUUUUGGGUUUUUUGGACGAGUCGUCUCAUUGUUGUUGUCUCUUCUUAGGUGGCGGGCAGAAAAGGUUUCCCUCACGUGAUUUACGCUCGUCUGUGGCGUUGGCCCGACCUCCACAAAAACGAACUCAAGCAUGUCAAAUUCUGCCAGUACGCCUUCGACCUGAAGUACGACAACGUGUGCGUGAACCCCUACCACUAUGAGAGGGUGGUGUCACCUGGAAUCGGUACGUCCUGAUUCCUGAACAUCCGUGUGUUUGUUCAUGACUCAUUUCUGAACCUGCUUUUUCAUGUCUGUCUUUGUGUCUCCUCUGACAGUUGGACUGAGCCUCCAGAACCCAGGUGAGUUCAUCUGUACAGUACAAAAGCAAAAACACAGAAAUAAUGCCAUAAAUCACGAACAUUAUUCUCUUAAAACAAAGAUUCACAAACACGAAACAAAAGACAAGGCAAAUGUUUCUGUAAAUUGAAUGUUCAGUGACAGAUUUGAGCAUUUUGUCAAAAUCUUGUAUUUCUCCUUCUCUCUAACUGCUCUUGUGUUCUGUGGAUGCCUCUCUGUGAGAUGUGUUUCUGUCAGCUGUUAUAAAUUUUAAUUGGGAAACAAAGUUUUUGUAUUGUAUUAUAAUGUUUAUUGUAAUCGCUCGUCCUCGUCCUGCAGCGGCUCCAGGCGGGCUGAUCAAAGAGGAGUACAUCCAUGACUGUAUACAGAUGGACCUCCCGCCGGGCAUGCCUCUGUCCGAACACCAGGCCACCAUGAAGCUGCCUCCCCCAGACCACUACGGCCAGCCCCUGCCCCCUCCACAGCUGCCCUCUGAGCCCCACGGACCCCCACCCAUCACCCUAUACACCAACCUACCCGUCUCCCCCAAGGGUGGGUGUCUUUUAUCUUUGACUGUGACUCUUGGAGACAAGUCAGAGACUUAAUUCAGGCCUGAUGUGUCCUCCCAUUCUCCCCCCUCAGUGUCCAGCUCCGGGUCCAUGAUGCCUCUGCAGGGGGGUCACGGCGACGGCCGCCUCCAGACCGCGUCACCACAGGCUCAAGUCAUGACACCGCGACCUCCAACCCCGACUCAGCCCCCUCCUCAUCAACAGGCCGCCCAGCAACAGACUCAGCCCCCCCACCCUCAACAGUCCCCCCACCCUCCGUCUCACCCUCACCCUCACCCUCCAUCUCACCCGCAUGGGCAGAAUGGAUACAACAGCAAUAAACACCCUCAGAGCCAGGCGGCCUUCCACAGUGAGUACGCACACACACACACACACACACACACACACACACACAAAAAAAGGGGGUAAGGAGGGAAAAAAUAGAGGAUGGAGAGGAGUAGAGUAAAGGAAGGAGAAAGGAAGGAAUAGAGGAAAGAAGGAUUUAGAAGGGAAAGUAGGAAAGUAAAGAAGGAUUAAAGAGAAAAGGAGGAAAGACUGAAAGGAAGGGACAUAAAAAGGAAAAGAUGGAGAAGGAAAUAGAGGAAGAAAUGAGGAAGGUCUAGUGAGGAAAGGAAGAGAGGGAAGAAUGAUGGUAAAUGUUAGGACAGAGAAAAAAGAAGGAAAACAGUGGAGAAAUACAGGAUGAAAGGAAUUAAGAGAGUAAAGGAGAGGGAGGGAAGAAAGAAUGGGGAAAAAGAAGGAGGAAAGAAAAAAAGGAUUUGAGGAAGGAAGGGAGGAAGGAAUGGUUGAAUGGUGAUAGGGAAGAAGGAAGGAGGGGAAAUCUAAAAACCAAAAAUAAAAAUAAUAAAUUAAAAGUAAGAAGAUUUCUUGUUUUAACAAAUUGAAUGUUUUCAUCUCUCGUUGAUUUUUUUGUUUUCAUCAGGAUUAAACUUUGAUCGCUGAUGACAGAAAACAUAACUUCAUGUUUUUAACAUUUCCUCUGUCUGUGAUCAGUAAUGUGUUUGUAUUUCGUGUAUUUCAGCAGUGUGGACAGGCAGCAGCACGGCCUCCUACACUCCUGUAGGACCCCAACAGAACGGACGAGGUCACCAACAGCCGCCCCUCCAUCACCCAAACCACCACUGUGAGACUUGAACCUGCUAUGACACAGAAUCACUGAAGAGAAACAUCCAGUUACCAGAAUAAUGAUUACAAACACAGACACUCAGACUGAUGCUCUCUUUUCUCUCUUUUUUCAGGGUCUCAGCAUCACGGCUCCGCCUCCUUCCCUCCGUCUGUGUCCAAUCAUCCAGGUACGAGGUUUCAGCUCCUGGUCUGAACUGUUCUCUUUAGUCACAGACAUGUAACUCUUCACUGUUUCUGCUGUUUUAUAUGAACUCUUUAACUCUUUAAAUUGCUGCCAGAGUACAGUAUUUAUGAUUCCUUCAUCUGUCAGUUUGUCAUCUUUUCUCUGUAGGUCCAGAGUUCUGGUGCUCCAUCUCCUACUUUGAGAUGGAUGUUCAGGUGGGUGAGAUGUUCAAGGUUCCCUCCAGCUGUCCCGUCGUCACCGUGGAUGGAUACGUCGACCCAUCAGGGGGGGACCGCUUCUGCCUCGGCCAGCUGAGCAACGUUCACCGCACGGACGCCAGCGAGCGAGCCAGGUGAGAGAAGAUGAAUACCUUUAAUAACCCAUCUGUUAAAUCCUCCAACUGCAGGAGGUGAACUCUUCUACAGUUACUGAAAUGCACAAACACUCUCAGUUAGCGGUCAUUACUCAAACUAAAAUAUGGGAUUUUAUCCUCCUGAUGUUUCCACCAUCCCACUCAGGCUGCACAUCGGGAAAGGUGUCCAGCUGGAGUGUCGUGGGGAGGGCGACGUGUGGAUGCGUUGUAUGAGCGAUCACGCCGUGUUUGUCCAGAGUUACUACCUCGACAGGGAGGCGGGCCGAGCACCAGGGGACGCUGUUCAUAAAAUCUACCCAGGAGCGUACAUCAAGGUGUGAAUCCUGAUCAAAGAACCUCUUCUAUCAUGUUUAUUUUCAAGCUUUAUUAUUGUCAUUUUGUUAAGCGAGUUCAUCACAGAAAAAGAAAGUCUCUCUCCCAGUUAGAAUGUUUGAUUUUCAGCUGCAAAUAUGUAACCAAAUAAACUUUCGUCAAUGAAAAAUGAACAGAAAUACAUCCCUCCAGCUCACCUGCUCUGCUGCGGAGGUGUAUCAUCCUGUUUCUGUGCAGCUCAUCGGGUUUCUCUGUGUCUGGUUUAGGUGUUCGACCUGCGACAGUGUCACAGACAGAUGCAGCAGCAGGCGGCGACUGCACAGGCUGCAGCAGCUGCUCAGGCGGCCGCUGUUGCAGGAAACAUCCCCGGGCCAGGCAGCGUGGGAGGAAUCGCACCUGCAGUCAGUGAGUGAUCAUGUUACCUGAUGAAGUGUCAGAGUGACUGCAGUGUUGUGAUCGUCACUCUAAAAGGUCCUUACACACUGGGGCCGACACAAAUAUAGAACGCAAAAGUGCGAAAUAUUCGGAGGAGAAUUUUGACGGGCCUGGCUAUACACAUCAAGCCCGAUGCGAUUUUGCGACUUUUCAGAGGGGGAAAAGACGCAUCCCGGGGAAGACUUUUGCUGGGGAAAGUCCCGCCUCCUUCACCUCUGAUUGGCUAGAAAAGCUGGAAACGUCAUCACACGCUCAAGCAAAACGGCCAGCAGUUAUAGCCAAUCAGAGGCGAUAAGAUAAGCAACUAUAACAACUGUUAGCUUACGUUAGCACAGAUGAAAGUUAAAACACACAAACUAUCGUCAUAUGCGAAAUCUGACGCUAUGACUCUCCACAAGUUGUCCUUCAGGUCAUUAUCUUUGUAAUAUUUGUGUCUUUUAUCAAAAAGCACUCUGUUCUCCGACACGUAAACAAUCAGCUGGUCGGCCAUGUUGGAUAUACCGGUGAAUCAGACGUCGCAACAACACGCAAUCUGAUUGGUCAGAAGUGGACACACAGUCUGCGAAACUUUAGAAAAAUCAACCGUGAUCAGAAAAAAUAAAUGCCCCAAUAUUGCAGGACAGGAAAACGUCGCUGAUGUGAACGCUUCUAUUGACAGGAUACGGCAAAAAAUAUUGACGUCUAAAAUAAUCACACGGCAAAAAAGGUCCCGGCCUUAAGUUUGUGAGUUUGUUUAAUCAUUGGUCUUGUUUUGGUUUCCACCCUGAUGCUUUAGGAUGGCUACAGUUCAGACCACCGGUGUGAGCAGCUCUUCUCACGUCUGACUCUCAAAAAUCUAAAGAAUAAAUGUCUUUGCUUUUUUUUCAGCUAGCUGAGCACUGAUCUCAGCCCAAAGUGAAGGGCCUGUAUCUGCUCUUUUUCUGUUUUCUGAAUCGAUAUUGACUUGGAAAAAAAAGAUACUGCACCUGCUUUUAACUUAAAUAUGGUUAAAAUGGUCAAGACAUACACAAUGAGAGAUGAAGGUGAAAUUUCUGACUCCUUACUUUCUUGCUUUCUGUCAGGUCUGUCUGCAGCGGCAGGGAUCGGUGUGGACGACCUGAGGCGGCUCUGCAUCCUGCGGCUCAGCUUCGUGAAGGGCUGGGGGCCAGACUACCCCCGUCAGAGCAUCAAACACACCCCCUGCUGGGUGGAGGUCCACCUGCACCGCGCUCUGCAGCUUCUAGAUGAGGUGCUGCACACUAUGCCUUUAGCAGACCCCGGACCUGCUAACUGAGGACCAAGACCAUGUUCAAAUCCCUGAUCUGGAUCCUCUGAAUGUGCACACACAGACACACGUUAGCUUCAGGCCAAAUAGAUCAAAAAACAAACAAACAAAAAAAAAAUCAAUCAAACACACAUGGAGAUCAUGUUGUAACAAUCAAUGCACACACAUGCACACACACCUUAACCAAAACGUCUGUAGACUCAGACUUUAGAGAGCUGAUGUCUGUGGGACUUUCCCUCCUGUACAAUCAAAACUCUGAAGGGUCAGAUUUUAAAUCCAGUUUUGAAUCAUCUCUGUCCUAAAGACGUUUGUAUGCACUGUAGAAAUCCAGGGAUGUGUUUGAGAAAUCCAGCUCCUCUGUAUGCAAACUGGAUUUCCUCUAGUUGUCCUGCACACUCACUCAUGAAAACACACACACACACAUGUAAAAACCGUGCACGCUUUAACACUCCAGACAGAUAACAGCUUACCUCCGAGACAUGCUGACGGUAAAGAGUCAGCAGCAGAACUGACGUAGAAGUUUGGAUCAUUAAGGAAACCAGUGUUAAUCAUCUCUGUGCUCGUACUGUGCUCCUCACUGUUACUGACCUAACUCUUAGCAUCUAUAGCUCCUGUUACGCUCAGCUCAAGCUAUAUUAUUAUUUUUGUACCAAAAAGAGUAAAAAGCCAAAAACAGUUAGCUUUAAAGUGGUGUUGAUGUUCUCUGUAAUGAAGCAGUGCUACCCUGUAUGUAACCAAAUGGUUGGUGUGAAUCACCAGAACCAGAUUACCUCAUGAUACAGUGCAAACUUUCUUUUCUUAUCGCCUGAAGCGCACACACAUCAUCGCUGACAGGUCCAUCUGUGACGCCCUCUGAAAGCAUCCUGACUCCAACACUGUAUUAAAAGAGCUUUUAUUUCUUAGCUUUAAAAUGCACCACACUGCAGAGUGUACCACAGCACAUAACGGGUUAAACUUACCUCUGAAUCUCCUCUUUUUUCACGUUUGUGUUUUUUUUAUCCAUCCAUCAAUGAUUGAUCGGUUAAAGGACAAAUCUACAAAGAAUGAGAGAAUAAAGGUUCAAAUUUAAAAAUGUGGAAAUCCAAAGACAAAAAAAAAAAAAAAAGUACGAGCAUUAGGGCCUGUUUCCACUUACAGCUUUCUUUACAAACCCAUGCAGCUCAGUCAGCACCUUUACAUGUUAUUAAAAAAAAUAUUUGUUGGGUUUGUCCUACAUGGACUAGAGUUUUAAAAUCUGUCUGUCUGGAAUCACAGCAACUCACGUUUCUAACGUACCUGAACAAAGUGGUUUUGGAUUAUCUCUUAUAUUUAUAUGCCUUAGUUAGACUUAGGCUGGCUGAAGCCUUCUGAGCAUGUUCCACAUGCUGCACAAAACCUUUGGGGUGAUUUAUUCCUUCAAAGCUGUGUAAAAAGCAACACCCCAAACUGUGUCUAACUUUAUGUAACUGUAGCCAAAUAAAGAUUCUCAGUCAGAUGCUGAAUAGCGCUGAAAUAAGGGUUUACUCUAGUAGGAGAUAAAUAAGGAGUUUUUAGAGCUGCUAAUCAUGCUAAGCUAACCUCCGGGUGUGCAAACUGACAGAGUGAAAGAUGAAAAUGAGUACAAGUCCUCUUUAGACAUUAAGCUGCUUAUCUCUCAGCAAUGACAAAGGUUUGCACAAAGGAGAUAUUAACUAUACAGGGUAAUAUUUUCUGAUCCAGAGCUCCUGUGAUUCUAACAGCUCUAUUUCUAUCAGCUGUUUUGAUGUUUUCUUCAAAUAUGAAGUAAACAAAACUAACAAAUGGUCAUCACUGAGAGAAGUGCUGCAGGACAGCUUUUUUUUUAACACUGGAGAAAAAAAUGCUCUGAAAAGGUGGUCAUGGAUGCUGCCAGCACAAAGAAAGCCAUGAAUGGACACAGGCCCUUACACUCCUCACAUUUAGUUUGUUUAUAAAUGAAAACAGUGAUGCAAGGUUUUGGAAAUAGAUGUUGUAUUUAUGCACAUGAAGUAGCUAGCUGACUAUUAUGCAAAUGUUUUCAGUUCUAACCUUCAGGUGAAAUCAAAAAACAGAACGAAAUGUAGAAAAACGCAAAGACCAAAACAGAAAAACAACAAUGAGAGAAAAAAAAUUAAAAAUAAAACUUAAAAGCUUUAUUUUUAAAAGUAUAUGAAUGAAUACAGAAAGUGCAUAAACUAACAACUAACUGCCAAAACAAAGGGAUAUUUUUGUAAAGUUCCUGAUACCUUUGUGUUUUUUAGGUGUAUCAUUUUAACUAAUUCUAUUUAUAAUACAACUGUGGGUCCUGGGAACUGAUGGUUUUUUAAAUCAUUUUAAUCAGUAAUUAAUUUUAAAAAGUGCAAAACCAAGAUUUAAGAUGUGAAAAGAUGUUUUUUUGAAAAAUCUGCUCAUUUUGUAUCUGAUUACAGCAACAUGUUAAAAAAAAAAACAUUUGGAGUUGACUGAGUUCAUGCAGUGAUUUCCACUCCAGAGUCCUGUCUGUUUUUAAUGCAGAGCUGACUGAGGGCCUGAAGAUCAGGACCACCCAGUCUUGGUUUUGGUCCUUAUCCCUUUGUACACAAAUUUCUCCAGAUUCUCUAAAUCUUUGAAUGAUAUUAUGUUCUGUAGAUGAUGAAAUCCAUUCAUUCCUUCACAUUUGACACUCAGGAACAUUAUUCAGAAACUGUUAAACUAUUAGCUCAGUCUCUCACAAAGUCAUGAUCCUCUUCCCAUCUCUCAGCCUCUCUGAAUGUCCUUUAACCCGUUUGUUGUUUCUCUGAGCAGAUUUUUUAAUUAGACAGUUGGAUAGGUCGUCUUUGUGCUGUUUUUGAUUGAUUAUUGACUUGAACUGGUUUAUAAACCAUCACAGUCUGUCCUCAUAAACCUACAGAGCCACAGCUAUGAUGGAACUGAGUUUGUAUAUUUCUUCCUGUAGUUUCUGAGCCUCAGCAGACUUGUUUGUUAUACUGGGUCCCGUCUUUUCCUCUCCACACUCGUCGGUGCUGCUCUGGUUGAUACUUUGAUUUAAAUCCAGACGAGGGUAAUCGUAUUACGGGUUUGUGUGUUUGGAGUCAGGAUGUUUCACUGUCAGUUAAACUUGUGGUUCAGCUGCUUUACAAACUUCAUGAACAUUUAUGCAUUUAGUGAUAUUUGUGCCUUUUGUUGUCGACAGUAGAUGCACCAACACUGGACUGUGCGGCGGACACGGAGCGUGUCUGUUCACACGAAGAUUCAUGUCGUGGUUGUUGAUGGUUUUCUGUGUUUCCCUCAGGUAUCUGUGAUGAUCUCACCGUGUGUCAGAGACAGAAAUAUGAACACACACUCACGUUACCUGAUGUUACAGUUAUUUAUUGCCUUAGUCUUUGUGAGUGUAAAAUAUGAACGCUUGGCACUAUUUUAACCUUAGCAUAGACGACACUAAUAGAUGUCAUAUUUAUCUGUUCUCCUCAGCCCUCAGUCAGGGAACUGUUUAAAAGGCUUUCUCACAUCUUCAUCAUAAUUUUCACCAUUUUCAUUGUCAUCAGAGGAUCACCUGACCUCUUAACAAUCACUGAUUUCACCUCCAUGAUGGAAAACAUUUGCAGAAAAAACACAAGAAUCAAAACAACUGAAACAAAGAUUCAACAAUUUUUAGUGGGCUUAUAAACAGGAGUUUGAUGGUCUGACGUUUGUUCAGUUCCUUCACAGAUGUCCUGGUUUUACAGCCGUCUGAGGCUUAAACAAAAGUACGGUGUCCUAUUAGUACCAAAAAAAUAAACAGACAUGUCAGUUUGAUCAGGAAUUAAAAAGGAGACAAUUUUAGGGUGCUGUUAGAGAAAAAAAAAAAUAUAUAUAUGAUGCAGUUUUAUGAGCAAAUCAACAGAAUAAAGCUGUAAAUUUAUGUUUAAAAAAUCAUGAUUUUAGCCUUUGGUUGGACUUCAUUCAUUUCGGUUGGACUUAUUCUAUGCAUUAAAUACAAUCUCGAUAUUUUUUAAGAAUUUCGGUAGAACCAGAAAAAGACAUCAUGAAAUCAUUUAAAAUGAUUAAAAUUAUACUUUUUAAUUUUGGCCUGAUUUCCUUCAAAAAAAAUGCAUUUUAACGGCUCUGAUUGAUGCCAUGAUUUCUAUGUUUCCUUAAAAUAAUAUGAAUUUAUUUGGUUUUAGUUUGUGUUGAUGGCCUUUUUGUAAAUUUUUGAUUAACCCAUAUUAACCCUAUAAUCCCUAAAAGUGAAGGUCACAUUUAUCCAUUUGAGGCUGAACUGCAAAGACUUAAAAAGACUGUUUUUUUUUUUCUGCACCGACAGACCCAGAGAUUUUUAUUUUUGGGAAUUAAACAAAGAAAAUUCUGAUUUGUUUAUAAAGUAUUUUUAAAUUUCUAUCAGACCUCUUCUUGUUUCUUCAAGAGUUCACAGUAUUCCAUAAAAAUGUUGACCCAUUCAGUUUGAAUCUUUGUUAAGAGUUUUGCUUCUGCUCCUCCACCCUUUGGUUCAUAAGCAUGUUUAAAGUCUUUGCUUUAAAAGGAAGGAGACAGUUCACUAUGUAUCACUCUGACAACACUUUGUAAUAAAACACUUCAAAAUGAUGGAGAAACGUUGACUGAUCAAUGAAAUCAACUUAAUCUGCUGAUGUUGGUUCAGGACCUCCUGGGCUUAAAAAAAGACUCAUUGACAGGACUUUUUGAAAGUGUUGGCAUGGAUAGAAAGUGUUAAAACAGACUCUAGAUGAUGUUGUUGGAGGUAGAUGAUUCUCAUGCAUCACAUCAUUUUACGCAAAUCCAAACCUCUGCUGGGUUUAGACGAGUCGAAGUUCCUUAUAAGAGCUUUAACACAAAGGCUUUAUCUUGAGGUCCACUAAUGAGAAUUACAGCUUUAACUCAUUAGAUAUUAACCCCAAAUACACAGAAGAAUAAACUUAACCAAUCAUAAUUGAGGUCGACAUUUUACCAACAAAACUGCCUCUGAAAGAAUUUCGGUGACUGUUUGUCAUUCAUGCAGCUGUUUUACUGUAAACUCAGAAGUUUUACUGUAAACUCAAGUUCUACUGUAAACAGAAGUUUUACUGUUAACCUAGAAGUUUUACUGUAAACUCAGAAGUUUUAUUGUAAACGUAGAAGUUUUACUGUAAACGUAGAAGUUUUAAUGUAAACAGAAGUUUUACUGAACAUUAUUACCUUGUGGGAUGAAGUAAUAAUCUUGAGUUCGCAAGUAAAGAUCUUGUAGGAACGAUUUAUUAACUUGAGCCCCCUAAUUUUAUUAUUGGUGAAGAUAUUUUCUUCAAGGGUUUUUAUCUAGAGUGUGCAAGCUAUUAUCUUGUGGGUUUAAGUUAAUCAUCUUGUGCACUCACUGUGAUAAUCGUGUGCGUACAUGUAAAUAUCUUGCAAGACUUUGCACAAGAUAACUUGCUACCACCAGAUUAUUUUAUUGAGUGCCCAACUUCGCUCUUUAUUAUCCUGUGAAAUUGUUAACUUGUUCACAGAAGCUUUUGUGUUUGUGUGAGCAAGAUCAUACCUCCUGUGCACACAAGUUAAGAUUUUACAUUUCUUAAACAAGAUAAGUUGUUUAUGUAAGAUAAUUAUGUUCAUAAUAGGUUUCUUCUUCCCCCUAAACACAAGAUACGUAACAUCUUGUCCAAGAAAAUAGCACAUGUCCACAAGAUUAAGUUAUUUUUAUUUUCCAGUGAAAACAUCAAAUCAUCUCGCUCAUAAAUCAUCUCAUCAACUGUUCCAGAUGAUGAAGCUAAACUGAAAAUAAACUGAGAAGUUUAAUUUGCUACCUUAGAAUAUUGCUAUUUUUAUUUUGUAGUUAUUUUUUUGUAAAAAUGUGCUGCUCUUGUAAUGUUGACUGUACAUGAAAAUGAAAUAAACCUAUGGCACUGUCAUAUUCAAACUCA